AUGCGUUCAUUUGGACUAGGCCUAGGGCUUCUUGCCAUUGGCCCAGCUGUGGCUGCGUCUUUAUCUCCAAAAUGUCAGUCGCUCAAGGCGGCCACUGGUUCCGAAUCAAUAUUAGAAUCCGCAAAUGCUUCGUUUCCAGAAUAUCAGCCUCUUAUGAUGACUUCUGACGCGAAGUUCAAGCCGAAACCUAUCAAGCCAAACAAGUCCUUCAAGCUGUCAUCAAAUGGUAAAACCCCUGGUGUUAUGGUGCUCGAUUAUGGCAAGGAUGUCGAAGGAUAUGCAACCUUCCAUGUGACGAAAAUUUCAGGCGAUACUUCGGUCUUUGAAAUGAGUUACAGUGAGAGUCGGGCCCUACUCGACAAGUACAUGGCUGAUGGCCCUCUUCCCUUGUCUGCCGCGAUGGACACAUAUCGCAUCAACCGUUUCAAUGUGACCCAAUCGAAGACUUACAGGAGCCGUCUAAUCCAGGGCGGUUUGCGUUAUCAGAAGUUGAACCUAUCCAGUGCAGGAGAAUUGGAGCUAUCUUUCGUUGGGUUCUUGCCAUCUAUUGAUCCGAUCUCGACAUUCGAUCUUCCUGGAUCCUUCGAGUGCUCUGACACAGUACUCAACCGAGUCUGGGCUGCCGGUGCUCGCACGGUUCAGCUCACGGAAAUUGUCGCCAAAAGCUUGCCGGAUUUCUGGGUUAUCACCGACGAAGGUGCGUUGGUCGACAGCCUCGCCCCGCAGCCGUUCGCGCAAGAUUAUGCCUCGGCUAUGACGGUCUAUGAUGUGGACUUCGCGGUCAAGCCCAUUUCCAAGGGAUUCGGUUUCACCGUUCUCAGCGACACACUCGGUACUGGAAUCUAUCUCUUUGUGGACGUAGCUAAUGGGACCAUCUCUGCCCAUGCCGGCUCCACCGAGUUAAACUCACCUGCAUUGGCGUCUGCCGCUCUUCCCAAAUCAGUCACUCUGAACAAAUGGCAUGACGUGCACUGUGUGGUGAAUCUCACUCAGAUUUCAGUUGAGAUUGACUCCCUCCCUGUGCUGAAAUUCUCCCAGACCUCAUCCUUCUACGGGUCCUUCGGACUAGGCGCAUCGUACACACAUGCGGCAAUUUUCACAAACGUCUCCUUGACAGCCUUUGGCCAGCAGAUGUAUCAUUCCUCGUUGACUGAUAAGUCUGCCCUGGAGGAUUUCCAACUGGGCACCAACCCAUUGUCAGUCAGCGUUGAUGGCUCCCGCCGCGAUCGCAUUGCCUAUGCAGGCGAUCUUGACAUUGCCGCUGGCGCGACCUUUGCCAGUACUCAUGGCCUCGAUCAUAUCAACGGCUCGAUUGCGCUUCUAGGCUCGUUCCAAGAACUCCCAGGCUUCUUUGUUCCCACUGCCAAAGUCCAGCAGCCACCCAGGACCUCAGAUAUCCAGGCCAAUGUUACCGGUCUGCUGGGCUAUUCAUUCAGCCUCGCCAGCGCCAUGGCUCAAAAUUACUCUCACACGGGCGAUAAUUCUUUUUUGAAGCACUGGGCGCCCCGCGUCGCUCGUCUAUUUGACUGGGCCAACUCACAGGUUCUGCCCAAUGGUCUCUUCAAUGUCUCCAACGCGAUGUUUGGUGGUGACUGGAACUACUAUGAUCCUACCCUGGAUGGCGUCGUGGCCAAAUUCAAUCUCAUCUAUGCAUAUUCUUUGGCUCAGUGGCUCCCCUUCAUGGCCGAUGGCGGCUUGAAUGCCACUUUGUACAUGUCUCGCCUCAACUCCUUGCAAAGCGCAAUCAAUACCCAUCUUUGGAGCGAAUCUCUUCAGGCAUUCUACCUUGCUGACUCCCACAAGGACUUCUUCUCACAGGAGGCCAACGCUCUGGCCAUUCUUAGCGGAACCGCCAAUACGGCACGCAGCAAUACGAUUCUUUCCACCAUGGGUCGUGACCUGUUCGUCCCUGCUGGCGCUCUCGCCUUCUCCAAUGCAAGUGCUAGCAGCGGUUGGGCUCAGAAGAUCAGUCCUUACGCGUCUGGGUAUCAUUUGAAGGCUGCCUUCCACGCCAAUGAUACUUCAACAGCCAAAUAUCUUCUCAACACUCUCUGGGAGAUGAUGAGUGAUCCCAAGCAUACCAACUACACGGGCUGCGUAUGGGAAACCCUCAAUGCGGACGGUUCCCCCGGUCUUGGCGAUUCCACUUCCUUCUGCCAUGCUUGGGGUGCGGGACCAACCGCAGAUCUGUCAGAAUAUGUGCUCGGCGUGCAAACGGUCACUCCUGGAUUCAAAACCUGGAAAGUCGCUCCACAGAGCCUGGAUCUCCACUGGGCCCGAGGUGCGUAUCCGACGCCCCUUGGCCCUAUUCACGUGGAUUGGCGCUUCGACCCCCAGGGACUCUUGUCGAUGAAAGUCACUGCGCCGGCAGGCACUCAGGGUGCCGUAUACCUGCCCAGCAAAAUGACCAAACCUCUGAAAACAUGCCAUGUGGCCGAUGGCGACAUGGUGAGCAAGACUUGCGCAGACUCGUUUGCUGCAUUUACCGGCAUUUCCGACCUUCAGUCUGAGGCUGUGGUGCGCGGGGACUAG